UGUGCACAGUGCUGGGCUGCAAAAUUGGACAAGAAAGCAAGCAGCCGUGGUCGCGUGGCUUUGUAGCAACCUACCACCGAGGGAGACUCGCGUGUACGAUAUGGUUUGCUUUGUUCGCCCCUGCUUAUCAGGUCGCAUUCAAACGCCAUGGGCAGGAAAUGCUGACGCUGCCGUCCACCCGCCACUGCCUGCGCUGCACCCGGCGCAGCGACCGGGUGUGCUUCACUCUGCUGCAGCCGCCGUGCGUGGUGCGCGAAGAGAGCGCCGAGGCGCAGCCCUUCCGGGAGCACUUGGGAGCCUCCCUGUCGGGCCUUCCCCUGCGCCACGCGUCGCCGCUGAAGAUGGCCCUCAGAGACCUCCUGCUUCGCGUGGAUGAAGCUGCCCUGGACACCGAGGCUGCCCCCGACUGCAAGUACCGGGAUCCCCCCUCACCCACCACGCAGGAUGUCGAGCUGCUCACUUUCUUCAGGCAGUACUACACGCUGCUGGCACUGGCGGCACUUGUCUGCCUCGCAGAGUGUAUGGCCGGCUGGUUUUGCAGGCGCUGGUGAUCAGGUUGACUGUACAGCAUUAGCACGCUGCACAAGAUUCACAUGGUUGUGUCAAAACAUUCCGAGACUGUCUAUGUUAUGAAAAAAGUAAUUUAAUUGUGUGCAUUCAAACACUGCAACCUUUAAAUUGUCCCAUUUCACAGCAACACAAUGCUCCUAUCGUCCCUACCAAUUUGUGAAUAUGCCCUCGAGGUCUUCUUUUCUGAAAGAGUCCAGCACCGUUCUAGCUUGACUGCGGCUUUCGUGCCAAAAUGGCGACUUUCGAGUUGAGUCUAUAAUAUUGGGACGACUGUCUCCUUCAGAUUGUUGAAAAGAUGGCAAGAAAUUAGGACUUCAUUUUUUUUCUAUUUUCAGAGGG